AUGGUCGCCGCCUCCGCCUCCAAGCCGCCCCAGUUCUCGCUGGAAAAGGCCAUCCGCAAGAACAUCCUCGCACUCGCGCCCUACCGGUGCGCCCGCGACGACUACUCGGAGGGCAUUCUCCUCGACGCCAACGAGAACGCACUCGGACACGCUCUGCCCAAGAACUCGAAGCAGCAGCAGAACGGACACGCAGUAGACACCUCGUUUGACGACCUCGAUCUCAACCGCUACCCUUCGCCCACGCACUUCGACAUCAAGCAGCGCCUAUGCGAGCUCCGGAACGUCCCCAGCCCGCACAACUUCUUCCUCGGCGUCGGAUCGGACGAAUGCAUCGACCUCUUGUUCCGCAUCGCGUGCAUUCCCGGCAAGGACCGCGUCCUCGUCUGCCCGCCGACGUACGGUAUGUACGGCGUUUGCGCGCAGGUCAACGAUGUCGAGGUUGUCAAGGUGAACCUGGACGUCGAAGGAGGCGCUUUCCGGCCAAAGGUGGACGAGAUCAACCGAACACUCUCCGAAGCCGCCCACUCUGCCAACCCUAUCAAGCUCCUCUUCCUCUGCUCGCCCGGGAACCCCACCGGCACGCUCAUCCCGCUCGACGACAUCCGCGCCAUCCUCUCCAACCCCGAUUACGAGGGCCUCGUCGUUGUCGAUGAGGCGUACAUUGACUUUGCGGGUGCGGACAAGAGUGCGGUGCGGCUGUUGGUCGAGGAGGGAUGGAGCAACUUGGUCAUCAUGCAGACGCUGAGCAAGGGUUUCGGACUUGCUGCGAUUCGCUUGGGCAUCGCCAUCUCGUCGCCCGAAAUCAUCCAGGUUCUGAAUAACAUCAAGGCGCCCUACAACAUCUCGACUCCAACUGCCUCUCUCGCACUCCGCGCCCUCUCACCCACCGGCCUCUCGCUCUUCCGCCAAAACAUCCAAACCCUCCUCGACAACCGCACCUACCUCCGGGAUGAGCUGCUCAAGCUCCCCGCGAUCAUCAACAUCCUCGGCGCGCCCGACGCAAACUUUCUCAUGGCGCAGGUGGGCGACAAGGAUGGCAAGCCGGACAACAAGCGCGCGCACGACGCGUACCUCCACCUCGCUGAGACGGACAAGGUGGUCGUGAGGUUCCGCGGGAACGAGUACGGCUGCGAGGCGUGCUUGCGAGUGACGGUCGGUACGAAGGAGGAGUGCGACGAGGUUGUCAAGAAGCUCGGGGAGUUCCUCCAGUAG